AUUACAACCAAACUACAUAGUUUGUGGUUAUUUAAGCUUACACACACACGCUUAAGAAAAAAAAAAUGACACUGUAACAGGUCAAGGGUCACAGCAUCUUCUUCUGUUGUCUUCUCUCUCUCUUCAAUGUCAAGAAGCUAGGGUUUCUCUCCCUCCAAAAUCUCCACUCCGCUUUCUACCAAAAUCCCUCUUCAUCAGUAUCAAGAAGAGAAGACACUUGAAGUCUUAAGGUCCCAUGGCUAAAACCAGACCAGGAGGCAUCAUCUCCAAGCCUAAAACAGGCAAGAGGGACCUUGACUCCUACACAAUUCGUGGCACUACCAAAGUUGUUAGAGCGGGGGAUUGCGUAUUGAUGAGACCAUCUGAUACUGGUAGGCCUUCAUACGUGGCAAAAAUUGAGGCGAUUGAGGCUGAUAGCAGAAACAAUGUGAAGGUUAGAGUGAGAUGGUACUAUAGGCCAGAAGAGUCUUUGGGAGGGCGCAGGCAGUUUCAUGGAGCAAAAGAGUUGUUCUUAUCAGAUCAUUAUGAUGUACAAAGUGCUCACACCAUUGAAGGGAAGUGUAUAGUUCACUCUUUUAAGAACUAUACUAAGCUCGAGAAUGUUGGAGCUGAGGAUUAUUAUUGUAGGUUUGAGUAUAAGGCUGCUACUGGAGGUUUCACACCAGACCGUGUUGCUGUGUAUUGCAAAUGUGAGAUGCCAUAUAACCCAGAUGAUCUCAUGGUGCAAUGUGAGGGUUGCAAGGACUGGUAUCAUCCUGCUUGUGUUGACAUGACAAUUGAAGAGGCAAAGAAAUUGGAUCACUUCAUGUGUUCUGAGUGUGCAUCUGAUGAUGAUGUGAAAAGAUCACAGAAUGGAUUUUCAGCAUCAUCAUUAGCUGAAGUCAAGGUAGAGAACAAGCGCCGGAAGAGAUGAUGAGUGCAGUUAGGUCAGUGAAAUGCACAGGGAGACCUAAAUCUUCUUGCAGGUUUAACUUGUAGAUUGUCAGUGUUUGAGAUGUAUAGUGCAAAAGACCAUGGUGUGCUUUGCUCAAACUGGGCUGUCAGUAAUUUCUUGUGUUUUGUCAUGUGGAAUAUGUAAGCUAUGCUAGGUUCAGGACAUAAUUAAUUUAUUAUGAAUCUAUCCUGAAAAAGGUUUCAUUUUGGA